AUGCCUCCAUCAGCAAAUCUGAUUACGAAGCUAAAGGUCCAGCUCAAGCUAUCCAUCGCGCGAUUACGCAUGGUGCAGCAACGCGAUGAAGCGAUGGGAAAGACACAGAGGAGGGCAAUGGCGCAAUUGCUUGAGGUUGGCAAGAUCGAUUCGGCCAGGAUAAGAGUCGAGAACAUCAUCCGAUCCGACAUCACUACAGAACUCCACGAGAUCCUCGAGCUAUACUGCGAGUUGCUAUUGGCACGAGCUGGCCUGUUGGAAGGACCAACAUGCGAUCCCGGCUUAGAAGAGCCCGUGAAGAGUAUUAUAUAUGCCGCACCUAAGACAGAAAUUAGGGAACUGCAACAAGUGCGCGCGCUUCUUGCUGAGAAGUUUGGCAAGGAAUUCGUGAUAUCUGCUAUGGAUAACUCGGAUCAGAAGGUAUCCGAGAAAGUUGUGAAGAAGCUAAGCGUCGUUCCACCGCGCGAAGAACUUGUUCAGGGCUACUUGGAGGAGAUCGCAAGAGCAUAUGGAGUCGACUGGCCGAAACGAGCCAGGGAAGAAUUGGGCGAGCCGCCGCAGUUUGUAGAUGACGACCCGAGCGAUGACCCGAGUGGUGACCAAGCGCAAAAGGUGCCCGAGAAGACUUCCCCGAUUAGUAAGGAUGCUCAAAACAGAGAGGCCCUGAGCCGUGAAACGCCGCCUCGGUCCUUGGCCUCAAACGUCCCUCUGCAUGUUAAUCCGCCAAGCCCAUCCACGGACAACCCUCAUCCUAAAGUUACGCUGAAUUCAGUAGAGCUAAGGCCUUCUAAGAAAAUGGUCGAUGCAGGUAUCUCAAAGAAGAGCGAAGACAAAGCAGGGGGGGCGGGGGAUGGUAUACCUGGUCUUGACGAAUUGGCGGCUCGUUUCGCCGCCUUGAAGCAUUAA